CUCCCCCAUCUGUCCAAUGCCCCAUCACAAAAAACCCAAGACGGAAUUUUCCAAAUCCAAAUUCCACGGCCGCACGCACAGACACUCGGACACUUACCCCUCCCAAUUUUCCCUCCCCGCCGACUGGAGAUCUCGCCGCCUCCCUCCCCAACCGUACCCCACGCCGCCCUCUCCGACACCAAAUUCGCACCCCAGCUCAAUUCAAUUCAAGCCCCCCUUCUAUUCAGUUUACUCUUUCCACGGCGUGAUGAUUUUCAUGUAAAUUUCGAUUGGAUUUUCAAGAUAUCAAUUUGAAAUUUCCCUAGAAUGCCGGAAAAGCUGAGAUUAUGACAUUUUCCCGUGAAAAUUAUGAGGGCAGGUUCUUCCGACGAGCCCAAUUCUCCUUCCACCUCUGUGCCGCGCGUUCCUCAGCCCAAUCCGUGCAAGCACAGUGUUAGCAAUGUCCUUAGAUUGUUAGCACGGAGAGAGGUUUCUCCGCAAACGAAACAUUGGUCAAAGAAGUUAUGGGGGGAACCUCCGAAGUCUAAUUCCGAUUCUGUUGGCCCAAAGUUUGAAACAGCUAGAGAUGCUAGGCACAGCCUUGUCUCAUGGGUGGAGGCAGAGUCACUCCAGCAUUUGUCUUCCAAAUAUUGUCCGCUUGUGCCUCCUCCACGUUCAACUAUUGCAGCAGCCUUUAGCCCCGAUGGAACGACACUAGCUUCAACUCACGGAGACCAUACUGUAAAGAUUAUUGAUUGCCGAACUGGGAUCUGCUUAAAGGUCUUGAGUGGUCACCGUAGGACACCGUGGGUGGUUAGAUUUCAUCCUGUGUAUCCAGACAUAUUGGCUAGUGGAAGUUUGGAUCAUGAAGUUCGCUUGUGGGAUGCAAACACGGCAGAAUGUAUAGGAUCUCGUGAUUUUUUGCGUCCCAUUGCAUCCAUAGCUUUCCAUGCCCAAGGUGAGCUGCUCGCUGUUGCGUCAGGUCACAAGUUGUACAUAUGGCACUACAAUAGGAGAGGGGAGACAUCCUCACCAAGCAUAGUACUGAAGACACGACGUUCACUCCGGGCGGUGCAUUUUCACCCACAUGGAGCUCCUUUCCUUUUAACUGCUGAGGUCAAUGACAUGGACUCCUCAGAUUCCUCGAUGACACUUGCAACUUCUCCGGGUUAUUUGCGCUAUCCUCCACCUACCGUAUAUUUGGCAGAUGGUCAAUCUAGUGAUCGUUCCAGUUUGGCAGAUGGACUACCUCUUAUGUCUUUACCAUUUCUGAUAUGGCCUUCAUUUGCUAGAGAUAAUGGGAGAAUAUCUAUGCAGCGUAGUGACACGGACAUUGGUUCAAGUAGUGUGCAACAGAGAGUUGAUCCUUCUGCUUCAGUGCGGUUGCUAACAUAUUCAACUCCUUCAGGGCAGUAUGAACUUCUGCUGUCCCCAAUUGAACCUAGUAGCUCUUCUCCAGCACCAGAAGAGACAGAAACUAAUACUUUCUUGAGUGAAAUGGAAACUGAAGUUUCUCAACCUGCAAUGGACAGUUUAGAGGCUUUGGAAGUGCAACCUGAAGGGAGGAGCAAUCAUAUUUUCCCAUUUGGUGACUCAACAUAUUGGGAACUUCCUUUUUUGCAAGGGUGGUUAAUUGGUCAGACCCAAGCUAGCCAACGGAAUAUGCGGCUGGUAGGUGAUGCUACACAAGAUAAUCCAUCUGCACGUGGUGAGAUGAAUCCAGCCAUAACUUCCUCGGUAAUACCAACCAGUGUGAGCCAAUCCAGGCUUACUGGAAGAUCUAGUUCCCGGCAUCGUACUUCACGAACUCAUAUGGUGUCGACGAUUGGAUCUAAUGAAGGUGCUGGAUUCAAUAGUUUUGCGCAUGCUGAAAGUGAGCCUCAACCAGUUGCAAGUAGAAUCCAAUCGGAACUUGCCAACUCACUUGCUGCAGCAGCAGCUGCAGAGUUGCCUUGCACUGUAAAGCUCAGAAUUUGGCCACACGAUUUGAAAAAUCCUUGUUCUCCCCUUGAUGCAGAAAGAUGUCGCUUAACCAUUCCACAUGCUGUACUUUGUAGUGAGAUGGGUGCCCAUUUUUCCCCUUGCGGAAGGUUUUUAGCUGCUUGUGUUGCAUGUAUGUUGCCCCAUAUGGAAGCUGAUCCUGGAUUGCAGAGCCAGGUCAACCAUGAUGCGACAGGGGCAUCAACUUCCCCAACUCGACAUCCAAUUUCAGCACACCAUGUCAUGUAUGAGCUCCGGAUAUAUUCCCUUGAGGAAGCAACAUUUGGAAUGGUUCUUGCAUCCCGGGCAAUAAGAGCUGCCCACUGCUUAACAUCUAUUCAGUUCUCUCCUACGUCAGAGCAUAUAUUACUUGCCUAUGGCCGUCGUCACAGUUCACUUCUGAAGAGUGUUGUCAUUGAUGGAGAGACAACAGUGCCUAUUUACACCAUUCUGGAGGUCUACAGAGUUUCUGAUAUGGAGCUUGUGAGAGUUCUUCCUAGUGCAGAGGAUGAGGUCAACGUAGCUUGCUUUCAUCCUUCAGUUGGAGGUGGCCUUGUCUAUGGAACCAAGGAAGGGAAGUUAAGGAUCCUCCAAUAUGAUAGUUCUUAUUGCAUGAAUCAGACAACAACUGCUUUUCUUGAUGAAAACAUGCUUGAGGUCCCAACAUAUGCCUUGGAAUGCUAGGAACUAGCCAUCAUUUUCCACUUGUGGGACGAACCACUCAGCCUAGCCGGAUGAAAUCACGGUGUAUCCGUGAAGCUGAAUAUUGUGCCUGACUGUUUCUUCUUCAGUCAAAUGCCUGUGAAACGCUCUAUUCAGAAUCGAAAAAUACAGCUUUGUAAUUUUUCUUUAUUGUAUUUUUAGAGUAUAUGUUGUUCAAAUUACUAGGGAAUUUAAUUUAACAAGGGAACAGAUAAGUUGGGAGCGAAAAACCGUGUUGUAUAUGCGUGUUUGGUUCCAUUGGACAUUGUUAGCAAUGUAAUUGAUUCUCUUUUUCUUUAUCUUGAACAAGGCAUUGUGUUUUUAGGCCCUUGUAUGUUGGCCUUCACUGUAAAAAAAGGGAAAAAAAGCAGAGCAAAGUUUCUCUAA